CCUGCUAUGUUAAGUAGCAAUAUAGCCUGACUGAGAGGAGGGGCAUCAUGAUAAAAGUUCUCUCUCUUGCAGUUUGACAAAUGCUCUCUGAAUAGCUGCCACUGUCUAUGGAAUAUUACCAACACCUUGGAUUAAAAGCAGUAUUUGCAAAAUAGAAUUGCAAUUCUAGAAGAUCAAGAUUAAUGGAGAAGAAAAGCACAGCAUGGAAUCUAGACUUCAGUAAAAUAGAUGACAGCAACAUUUCUAAAACAGGCCCAUUCCAUGGAAAGAUGACAAAUGAUACAUGCAUUAUUUUCAUUUGCAACAACCAUCCUAAGCUGGAGUGGUACUGCUAUUUGCUGAUUCUGGUUAGCCUUUUCACUUUGAUAGUGGGAUUUCUAGGCAACAUACUUGCCCUUCGACAUUAUGUGUACUGCGUGAAGACCUGGAAUACUAACAGCAUAUUUCUAGUUAAUUUGGCAUUGUGUGACCUCACUUGGAUUCUUAUGGCACCUUUUUCAGUAUAUCAUAGUCUCCAGAAGUCAGAAAACUAUAUGAAUCAAACAUUUUUUUACAUCAUAAGACUAUUUUUUAGCAUUAAUAUAUAUGGAAGUGUCUACUUCUUAACACUCAUCAGUUUUGAUAGAUACUUAGGUGCUGUCCAUCCUAUCUCUUCAUUAACAUGGUGGAACAAAGGAAAGGCCAUGUUUUGUACUGCUGCUGUAUGGAUCUUCAUAGUUCUUGCAUCAGUGCCAGAGAUCUUCUGCACAAUUGAAGCUGGAAGACAGCACAACACAAGUUCCCAAGAUGACAUUGGAAAAUCCUUACAAUUUGAAGUUCCAUUCAUACUCUCCAAAAUUAUAUUGAGGUUUCUAAUUCCAGUCACAGUCAUCUUUACAUGCUAUAUGUUGACUCUCAAAGCACUACUACAACUCUGUAAACGUCAGCAAAGAAGAAAUAGAAUUAUUAGACCUCUUUUACUGAUUUCAGCUGCUAUGAUUGUAUUUGCUGUGUCUUUCACACCGUAUCACAUUACAAUGAUGGUGAUGAUAAUUUACAAAACCUGUUGUCAACCAUCCUCUGAGAGCAUAAGUAGAUUAAUGGUAGUUUUUCAAAUCACAGAGAUCAUCUGCAGCAUCAACAGUUGCCUUGAUCCAAUCAUUUUUACAGUAGCAAAUAAAACAUUCUAUCAAAAAAUAAAAAAUAUAAAAUGUCAUCCCAAAUGCCAAUGCUGCUGCUGCUGUCUAACACACAGGGCAAGGGACAUCACUGUAUCCCCAAGAACAGUGACUUAAAGAUCAGUUUACAAAGACAAGCAUCUCUUCCUACCCAUUUAGCUUUGUACUGUUGGAACAGUUUAAAAUUUCAUCUCCUGUAUAGUGCACCAAUCCCUUGAGUAGGCAAGAAGAGACAGCAAUGUAGAGUAAA